AUGAUCAGAAAGGUCCCCCGCAGUGAGAGUGAAGAAGAUAUGCGACCGAUCAUCCGCGAAGCUAUGGUUUAUGAAAUCCUCGGCGUUCAUCCGCGAAUUGCUGAAAGGCUCUCCAGAGGCAGAUCUGACUAUAUCGACAUCAAAUACUAUCAGCAUGGUGAUCUUGCGAAUUAUUGUCAGAAAAACACGAUCACUGCCGAACUUCGAUCGAAAUGGUUCCAGCAGAUCCUGGAAGCUGUCGUCGUUAUUCACAGCCAUGGUGUCAUUCAUUCGGAUCUCGCACUCCGGCAGUUUUUCGUGGAUGACAAAUUAAAUUUACGACUUGGCGACUUUAACUCUUCUCAGUGCCCAGGUCACCUAGCACUAGGCUACGAGAAAGCAUCACAUUGCCUGCCACGAGAUUAUGACCUUCCGAACACUGAAGCCUCCGACAUCUUUGCUUUAGGGUCUACGCUAUACGAGCUAGUUGCUGGAAAGGCCCCAUAUAGCGAACUUGCUGGGCCCAAAUCCGAUGAUCCGGGUGUGAUCAAAGCACAAAUCCAACGGCAGCACGAGGUAGACCAUGAGAUUGAAUCUCGAUACAAAAACCACGUCUUCCCUGAUGUCUCUGGUUCGUUCGGCGGGAACAUCAUAGUAGGUUGCUGGAGAGGCAAUUUCACUGACGCGAAAGAAGCGCUUGAUCGGUACAUGAAGGGUUAG